AUGUAUGUCUUUGACCUGAAUACCAUUCGUCGUACGGAAAGUAUCUAUGCUGUUUCGUUACACUUUUAUAAACGACGAACACGUUGGCCAAUAGCUUAUUCCCUCAAUGAAAUCUAUUCUUCACAUCGACUUUCAUCGCUGUCUGCUCAAAUACAAUUAGAAUCUGACUCUUACGGUUGGCAAUCGUUUCCGAUUGGUGAUAUCAUUCAACGUCAAUUAUCGUACUUAACAACAGCACAAAAAUCGGAAUAUUUCGGUAUUACGCUGAAGCCAACUGUGACCACACCGACACAACGACGAAAUAUAGUUGAAUUAGAAAAAUUUAGUGUUUACACUCCAUUCUUAAUCAUCCACUCAAACGAUUCGAAACCUCCGAAUAUCUUCGAAGAAUUCAUACCGAAAAAUCUGGAACAAGAUGUGAAGAGUUAUGAACAAUUCGAGAAAGAAGUGAACCAGCGAAUAAGAUCACGACGUUCUCGUGAAAAUAAGCAAUCGUUGACCGAUUCAAAUAUCUUCUUAUCGAAUUGGAAUGAAACCAUACCAAUAAUCGAAUCCGAUACGUGUUCAUUAAAGCCUUUCGUCAUUGAUUUUUCUGAUUUGGGUUUUGCUUCAUGGAUGAUUGAACCGAAAAAUUUCAUGGCUAAUCUUUGCUCAGGUUCCUGUCAAACAAAAUUAAUGACGAAUCAUGCACUUCUUCAACACUUUCUUCAACGAUUAGGUAUUCGAAAUGAUCUUGAUCUACCCAAAGCGAGCUGUGUGCCCGAUCGCUAUUCAUCAUUAAGUGUGUUUUAUAAAAGUUCAGACUAUAAUUAUCUUAUUCGUCGUUUACCUAAUAUGAUUGUCGAUGCGUGUCUUUGUAGAUGA